AUGAAUGAUAAUUGGCGGCUGGAUGUCAAGUUUCAAGGCCGCUCGAUUGAUCUGGUGGGACGACUGCCGGCCGAAAAACGCGCGUUGCUGCGGGACUUUCCGCGCCGCUUAGCAGUUGGUACUAAGGCCAAGCUGUCUGCUAUUCCACUUAAGGGUUUUUUCUGCAAGUUUUUUGCAAAGAACUGCGAGGAGAUGAAAGUUUAUAUGAAGAAGCACGAGUGUGCACUGUGCGUGCAAUUUAUGGCUUCUACAUUCAAUUUUACGCUGUAUUUGCUGGUGCCAGUGGCACUGAAGGAUCUCAAGUGUUUGCAUCGAUUACGGAAGAACGGUGCAAGCUCCGACUCGAUUAAAUCUCUGUACACGGAUCGAGAAGGUGUGGUGAUUGGGUUUAUUGUGUCGGAGGUGAACGUAGAGAUGGAAGAAAAGUUGCACGAACGCAUGAAAGUGAUGGAAGAGUUGGAGUCCACGGCCAAGGCUAUUUCGCACACGUUUGGUGAUCCAAUGUUGGAAUUUGACUUACUGAUUGACCAGUUAGAUACUAAGCCAUCGGCCAUUCAGGCCUGCUCGAAAUUUAUUGUUCGGCAUCAGCAUUUGCACGAUGCUAUUUGCCAAAAGUUGGCUCAGAGUAUGGAGUUGAUGCAGUCAUCUAAGGCACAAGCGAGCAUUGUGUAUGUUGCUCACGAUGUAGUCAAGUCAGUGCGUGCAAAUUGUCCGCAGAAGGACCGUAAUGCUAAGAUGCGUGAGUCUGCACUAGUACUGUCCCUCGAAAAGAUUCUGUUCCGGCUGGUGCAAAAACUGAAAGGCGAUGCAAAGCAAAAUUCGAAUGUCCAGGCAGUAUUUGAGUUUUGGACAAAGUGGGGAUUACAGUACGCGUCACCAGUAGAAAACGCGGUGGAUUCAAAAUACGCCUCUAUGCUCAAGAUUGACGAGACGUUUGAGAUGUUGCAGCGAGAGGUAUCGCUAGUGUCCGAUGCUCCAUCGUCACCCAUUAAACCAUCCGCACCUCCCGAGGUUGUGACAUUUAUGAAGAAGCACAAUAUUCAGCCGGGCCCGUGGGAAAUCUAUCUAGGCCGCGCAUUACCUCAGGAAUUGGAGGAACUUGACACAGUGCUUGAAUUGAAUACGAAGUAUUUUGGCUAUAAUCAUUGGGAAUCGUCUGAAAAGGGAGGUCGACGCGGGGGUGAGAUGUUUUUGUACCAUUACACCAAGUCAAUGAUGUCUUGGCUGCUGCAUGCAUCGACAUCAUCGUCGCAUACAAUCUUUGAGAAGAGAAAACGUACGAAAGACUCUUUGAGUUUGCUGCGAGAUGCAUUCUUGUGCACGUGGGAUCUUGAUCCAACAGCAGCGCGUGCGGUUUCUGACAUCGAUCGCUCCUUACUAGACGACAUGUGGAAAAAAAUGGAGUUUGUGAAGUGUCAAAAUCCUUCAGCAUUUGUAUUUGGAAAGGUUAGAAGAGUGAAGACGAUUCAGUUUGCAAAUAGUCCUGCGACAGAUGCGAUUUUGAAGAAAGUCGAAAACGAGUCCAACGUGAAACCGAGCGCACUUGUUGCCGAGCUUACUGAGGUAUUUAAGUUAGAUACAAUGGCUCGCGAAAUGAUUGCGAAAGUCAAGUCGAUAGCUGAUUUGUGCUAUAUUACAAAAGAGCUUUGCAAUCGCUGUCGCCAUCAUAUGGUGGCAAACCCAUCCGUGCACAUGGUCAAACUUUGCCAAAAGGUGCUUGCCACAAGCAAUCCGAUGAAGGCGUAUUCUUCAGCCAUGAAAAGCAUGAUUUCGCGUCAGAUGAAGAUGUCUGCAUUGUUCGACAAGGAAGCCAAGAAAAAGCGUAAGUUGGAGGGCAUUAGCGUUUCUUCUUCUCCCAUCACCGAAAGCGAAGCCUCUAGCUCUCCUCACUUUGAUCUUACCGAUGCGGAACUGGCUGCCGUAAAGCGACGCAUUCCAAAGCCUCCGAAGUUGCAGUUUAAGAAAGUUGAUCUGAAAACAGUCACGUAUCAGGAGACGAACGAUAAUGGCACAGUUGGUGUCGCGGUUUCCGGUAUUCCCGAUGCUGGAAGAGGAUUAUUCAACUUGUCAUCCCAUGCAUGGCCAGCGUUUUCAGUUGUCUGCAUUUUUGGUGUCAGACGAAUUACGAAAGAAAUGCACCAUGAUGGCUUGAACAAGGUAGCACGAUGCGGAGAGAUAGGAGAGACUUUUGUUGUAGUUAAUGGCACUGUGCGCGAUGUGGACAGGUUUCAGACACAGUACGGCCACCGCUUGAUGCCUUUUGACGGUUUAGUGGACGCGGAUGGAUCAGUAGGUGGGUUUCCGAAUGAUCGUGUCUACGAAUACCCUGCGGACGUUUAUUGGGAUGCAUCUGGAUUUUACAACAACUGCAUUCUCGUGCCCGGCUGUGUGAUUGAGAAUCCGCAAGACACAACAAGUCCGAUCAUAUUGAAUCAGCUGUACAUUGUCACGUGGAAGGAGGUCGCAGUGCGCGAGGAGUUUUUCCUGGCGUACGGAACGUCGUAUUAUGAGGAAGACGGGAAAACUGUACCCCAAAUGAGGAAAGCAGCACCUAGGUAG